AUGGAAGCCGUCAUAAAGAUUUCUAAACACAAUGGUAGAGACAAAAGUGUCAACCUGGCUCUGGAGACAAUCUUCGAGUUCGGCAAUGAUGACAAACAGACCGAUGUUAACAUCCUUAACAAAGUCCAGAGAUUCAUCGGCAAAGUAAAAAACGUUAUCGAAAAUAGCGACACAGCAAGACGGCAAUUAAGUAAUGCCAACGUAAAAGUAUUCAGUAAUUUCAUUAUCGAUGUUAUACAAAUUUUAAUUGAAUAUGACGAUCGAGCGUUGGAAAAUAUCGCUUCAAUCAUCAGCGAAGAAAUGAUAAAACAUCAAUACGAUGGCUGCAAAUUUUACGAGUUAACAGACAACAUUGAACAGCAGAAAGCUUUUGCUAAAACACUGAGAGAGAUGAAAUAUAAAGAAGGGACGGAUAUCAGAGACGAUUUAAAAGCAAUAGCCAGUAAAAUAAAUGAAGAAAUAUACGCAAAACCUGAAAAAGAAUUGAUAGAUGUUAUUAAUUCUGUGUACCAAGAUUAUUCUAUAGAUAAAUUGAAUAACUUUUUAAAAGGUAUUGAUGAUUAUAGACAAAAUACAAAAGAGGAUCAUAAUAUAACAAAAGUAAUAAAUGUAGGAUUGAAAACGAUAUUGUUUGAUCAUUACACAAAUUUAACGAUUCAUUUGAGAACAUCAUUGCUUUCGAAAUUACAAGAUUACAUGAAGUAUUACAAUGAAAAUUUCGCUCAUAAGGCUACAGCAGUGACUAAACAUAAGCAAGCUUUAAGAACUCUUAGACAAGUGUAUAUGGAGACUGAAUCCCAUGAUGAAAACGUUCAAGUAGAACGGGCUUCAAAGUCGAAAUCAAAAAGACAAACAACUGUAAGCCAACGCCCACUAAACGUACCUACAACAAGAAAAUUAAAAUCUGAAUACAGCAAAGAGAUUUCACGUAAUAAGAAAUCUGAUUACAGCAAAGAGAUUUCACGUAGUAAGAAAUCUGAAAGACAUCAAAAGAAACAUAGAUUUGUUAAGGUUACACAAACAUCUGAAGAAAACCCGACUAUUACACACAAGAAACGAAGUACUGGAACUACUAAGGAGUUCAGAACUCUGAGGCAGAUGUAUGUUGAAAAGAAUAUAGAUUUAAAGUAUGAUCCAGACGCAUACGAACAUUUGACGACAGUCAAAAAGAGUAAACCUAAAAAAUAUUCAGUUCGGCAUUUAAACUCGCCCAUAACUCGUAAACGUACACACAGAACAGAAAAACUUAAAAGAAAUAAACCUCAUGAAUAUAACGAGAAAACUCAAUAUGGAAAACAAAGACCUAAAGCAGAGGAUAGCUCUCGCGAAUCAACUUAUAAUAAAAAUGAUAAAUCAGUAGAAAGAGUUCUGACUGAUUUUGUUGUAGAUUUUUCAUCUGAAGCCAAGUCAACCAUGAAAAUUAAACUAACAAAAAUGGCUAGACUUUUCGGCCAAACGUUCAUUGACAAGGAUCUAGAUUAUAACGAAAAUAUACCAGAAUUUAGAACUGGAAAGAAGAAAUUAACAUUCAAAACAUUGUAUCCUACAUUCGUGAUCGAUUGGACAACACCGUCAAGGUAUGGUAAGAGACAAUUUGGGGGUAUGUCGGACUUUAAAGUGAGAUUACCGAAGCAUGGUAGAGAUAAAGAUAGAGGUAGUCAGAUGUUCACACACCAGCCGGGAAGUGGCAGUGGAAUAAAACUGGUGAAAGAUUUAGAUUAUUCAAUCGAAGUCAGGAAACCAAGGAAUUUGGAAUUGGGAGUACAUAAAAAAAGAAAUCCAAAAAGCUCCAGAUACCAAAGCGAAAAUCAACAUGAAAGCAAAAAAGGGAUACCUGGAGGUCGCUUAAAAAAGGCAACUAAACAUCACCCAACACAUGCUUCAUUAUUGCAAAGACACGGCAGUGACUCUGUAGAUGAGAAAUCUAAGAUGUCCAGAGAUCCAAUGAUCUUAGCUAGACAAUAUGAUUUUCCACAUCACGUUGCUAGAAAACAAUUUAGGAGACAGUUCCUAAAACCACUAAUUGGCUCUGAAGAAGGUCUUUCUAUAGAAGAAUUAAAAGCUAAUACGCACAAGAUCUAUUAUAGAAGAAAUUAUAAUCCUAAUACCACAGAGAAUUUUGAGAAAAAUAAACAUGUUUUACAACGAAUAGAAAACCUAGAAAAUGAAUUGGAAUUAGUAAAAAUUCGGAUAAAGAAUGACACAUAUCCAAUAAAAGUUCUAAAUAAUAAUGAAUCAAAUAUUAAAAGUAAACCUGAUGCAGUUAACAGCAAUAUACGUACAGCUACCCCAAUAACUACGGUAACUAUAAGAUCAACCUCAAAAAUAUACGAGAAUACGGGUGAAAUUACUGAGUUAAAAAAAACCAACGCUGAUGGACCAAAUAAAGAUAUUUUAGAAAGGAAAGAGAUAGACAACCAUAUAUUUAAUCAACAAUCCGGUGUUAUGGAAAGAGAAUUUAUAGAAAGAAAAUAUGAUGAUUACCAAUACAAAAGUCAAUCAAAUACUACAAAGAUUGUAAAAGAAGCGUAUACUUUCGAUCCUGUUAAUAAAGAUCAAGGGAGGAAGGCUUAUCCUAGCUUGGAAAAAGCAAAAGAAUUUAAAACAGAGAAAGAUGAAAGAAAUAUAAAAGUUGACGAAACAAAUAACAGUAAAAACAAGAAACGAAUUGAAAAUGGGUCUAUCGAAAGUAAUAUACAGAAGUCUGUAAACGAAAUUAAUAAAAAAGACAAAGAAACCGUUUCCCAUAAAGAAAUUACCGAAAAAUCUUUCUAUUUUAGGAAUAAUGAAGAAAUGAGUAAUAACAGAUUCAAUAUAAGUGCAGAUAAAUUUGUAAAAAAUAAAUAUAGUCCCAAAAUAAGUCACAUUAAAGAUGAUACAUUUCAUAAUCAAAGUGAUACUAAAUUAGACAACAGUUGGGUUGAAGUAGUAUAUAGAGAAAGACAAUUUAAAAAUAAAAAUGAGGAGAAUCAAGCCAAAGAAAAUGAAAUAAAAGAUGACUUAAAACCACACACAGAAAAUGUGAAAACGGAAUCAAAAAACCCAAUGGAUAGGACAGGCAAUUUAAGAGUUUACGACGAUUUCGUGUUUAGAGCAACUGAUCAGACCAAAGACUCGCAUCACACAACACUUGGAGGGAUUGUGAAAAAUCACGAAAAUCUAUUUGAAGGGAAUGAUGAAACUACAGAAAAUAUUAUUGCCGCAAUAGAAAAAACUGUUAGAAAACAAUCACUAACAGAUUAUACAACGAGAACAGUGCCAGAAUCUUCUGAUACAUAUGUUAAGCAAAAUGAAAGAAUAACUGACAUAGUACUGAACCAAAAAGAAGAAAAAAACACAGAAGAAUUGAACACAACACCACUUACAAAUGUAGUAAAUGAUACGUUAACACAGAAGUCAGCAAAUAAAGACAAUACAAUGACUUCAAAUGUGACUGUAAAUUUAGAUAAUUAA